AUGUUUGUUGUCUCUUCAACACUUACACGUGCUGCUCUUUGUCGCAACACUCGACUACGACGCUAUUACUCGGCUCAACCCAACGAUGACUCAAAGAAGCUCAUUUACACGACACCCAAUGUAUCCCUUGUCAAGCUUGCCAAACUCUUCUCAUUGUCUACUUUUGGGAUCUCAUCCGUGUCGACACCAGCUGUAAUGUACUUUUGGGAGAGUCCAGCAGUACAAGCAAGUGGAAUAAGUUCAACUAUGUUCCUUGGUGCUCUUGCGGCAAGUGCAUGCUCAACCGGUGCCAUCCAUUACCUCCUAUCCCCUUUUGUCAACAACAUCUACUUGCAUACCAAGCAACAUCAAGAGCAGCAACGCAUUUCACCCAAUACCAAAGUAACGAUUGAAACGCUCGAUUUAUUGGCACGUAAACGUCAAAGCACACUCGCCCUCCGAGAUUUGAUGCCAUCCUCUGGUUUACUCUUAACCUGGACUGUCAAUCGCAAAACGGCGCCCAAGGAUCUGCCACAGAAUCGGUUUUGGUUGGAUAAACGCAAUGGCACAGGUGAUGAGGCUGCAAUGAGGAGUAUGUUGCGUGUCAUCAAUGGUAAUCAAGAUCAACGGCGCGUCGUAUAG